UUUCCUGGAUUGAGUAGCAUAGCGGCCCGCUAGUUACCCAGCACAUGUCCUAGCGGUGCGGCCGCUGGGGGAUCGCAGGCCCCGGAGUAUAGCAACCGGUGCAUUCCCCGGGAGCGAGCUGUGUUCAUACUAGAGAUAGCUGAUGAUGACUUCGAGAAGGAUGAAUCCAAUUAAAAUGGCUGCUAAAACAUUUUGGAGACCUGAUGAAGACUCCUCUGACUCUGAUAUGCCUGGGCCAGGACCAAACCAUUUUCAGUAUACAGCUAAUAUUAAAAAAGAAGAAGAAUAUUAUACAGAACAGAAUUUUAAUGGAAACUACAAUACAGAUGAUUAUGCCAUGGACAUAAAACCUCAAUUUAGCGCUCAGGGAAUAAAGAUAGAAGAUACAAAUAGUGUAAACCACGACAGAAAACACCACAAGCCGCGACAGAGGCAAAGAAGUUCUUCAAGGGACUCCCCGGAGAAGUCAAUUACAACAGAAAGGAGUACCAUAGAUUCAGCAGGGAACCUCACUGUGAUGACGGAGACUUUGUAUAAAUGCAAUAAGUGUGACAAAACCUUCUUCACCCGCUCAGGCUAUAGAAAGCAUCAAAGAAAUCACUCAGAAGAGAAUAAUCACACCUGCAGUGAGUGUCGGAUGGAAUUUACUGAUCUGACAAGUUAUAAUUUGCACAAGGAUAUCCAUGCAGCAGGUAGGCCCUGGGCUUGUACUGUCUGCGACAAACGCUUUAAGCUUCAGUCGCAUCUUGUGCGGCACACAAAAACACACACUGGAGAGAAACCUUACGCCUGCAAUACCUGUGGCAAAAACUUUAAUCGCAGUUCCAACCUUGCCACACACAUGAGAACCCACACUGGAGAAAAACCCUACGAAUGCGAAGAAUGUGACCAAUCUUUUACCCAUAAUUCUCAGCUGGCUUUGCACCAGACAGCGCACACAGGAGAGAAGCUCUUCACAUGCACAGAAUGUGGAAAAGGCUUUGGAAGAAGCUCUCACCUUGUAUCACACUGGAGAACACACACAGGAGAGAAACCAUAUUCUUGUUCAGAUUGCGGCAAAUCCUUUAGUAGCAGCUCUAAUCUGAACUUGCAUCAAAGAAUUCACACAGGAGAUAAACCUUAUUCUUGUGUGUUGUGUGGGAUGAGGUUCAGCAGCAGGUCUAGUUGUGCCAGACAUGAGAAACGGCACACAAACACAACAAGGAAAUCUGUCUUCUGCAAUGUGUGUGGUCAAGUCUUUAGCACUGUCGCAGCUUAUACAAGCCACUCCUGUGUGUUAGUAAGUUAAAUAUUAAGGACUGUGCACUAUUAACCAAAACAAAGAACAUACAGUUGAUUUGUUUUCUUUUUUAUUACAAAUAUUUUAGAAUAAAUUCUGAUGAGACAAAUUGAUUUUCAUUCUAUAACCUUAGAUUAACAAUGGUAAGUAAUACUAUGUACCAGUUUGUCAGCUCUUCCAACCCGACGUAUACGUGAAAUUCAUCUUUAGGUAAUCCUUUGUCACAAGCUAUAAUUAUUUAAAUCUUAGCUUGUUAUGCUUAAAUUACCUUUUUGGGAAAUUCCUUAUAAUUGAGUUAAGAUGUUCAGAUAGUUCAAACGGUUAAUUCCAAAUGUAGAUAACAUCUGUAUUGGUGUUUAAUUUCAAAGACUUGGAAGGAAAUUGUAAUCUGAGUUGCAAUGCACAAGGUGCAUUUUAGUUUUCAACAGAAACUGCCAGCUGGGGGCAGUGUAAUACUUUGCAAUAUUAUAACAUUUUCUGAUAUUUAUAAAUGUUACUUAAGAUAUCCAAAGCACAAAUUAAGUGCAUACAUUUACAUAUAAAUUGAUUUAAUGAUGAUUUGUGCGGCAAAUAUUAAGAAAAAAAAAUUGCUUUUAUGCUUCAGAUAGCUCAUACAAUUUUAAAUAACUUUCUAGUUUACUUCUAUUAUCUAAUUUGUUUCAUACUUUUGGUAUCCUUUGUUGAAGGGGCAGCAAUCAGCAGCUUCUGAGCCUAUCUAAGUAUACUUUUAAACAAAGGAUGCAAAGACAAUAAACAAAGUAAGAUAAUAGAAAUAUUAUUUAAAAUGGAAGUUUCUAUCUGAAUUAUGAAAGAAAUAAAUUGGGUUUUAUGUCCCUUUUUAAUAUUGGCUAAAAAAAUUUAGCCAGGUGGUAUGUACAUUAAACAGGUCCUGGGGAGAGCACUAGGAUAUGCACAUAUGUCCUGUGCAUCUAUAUUCAAACUUUGCUCCUACCCAGGUAGCCUGCAUAAUGUAUUAUGUUGUGGAAGUUAAGUCUCUGACUCGAUACACACCACUCGUACCUCUCUCAGCAGGUGUGGUGUAUGCAAAGGGAAUAUGUACGUAUGCUGUGUGUAUGUAUAUGUGUGUGUGUAUAUAUAUAUAUAUAUAUAUAUAUAUAUGCACCCAGUAAAAUAAAGGAAGCUUACUAACAGAAUUUUCAUUUUUACAAGGGCAUUGCACAAAUUCUUCCAUUCAAAAUCUUAAAUGCACUUAAGUUUUGAUUACAACUCCGUUUCAAGUUAAAUAGGAAACCUUUUCUUUGGAAAGAGAUGUUUUUAUUUGUUUCCAAAAAAAUAAAUGAACGGUUUCUUUAACCUACUUUAAUUGCAUUUAAUUAAUUCUGUGAUAUGUUGCUUGUAGUCUGCAUCUGAUCUGUAUUCAUAAUGAAUUACCAAUAAAGUUUUUCUGUUCACAGCA